CUUUCUGGUUUCCUCCGAGGGUGUGCUCCGAGUAGAGAAAGACUCCGGCAACCGGCGCCUCACCCCCGCUUCUCCCUCAGAUUUCUGAGAUGUCUGCAAUUCCUGCUGAGGAGAGUGACCAGCUGCUGAUCCGACCCCUGCACUUAAUACAGAGCCUUACAAUGUAGAAGCUGCUUAAUGUUGGAUGACUGAGUGAAUCAUAAGCUAGAAUGGUGGAAAAGGAAUCAAAUAAGUGGAGCAGGACAAGAAGUAGGAAGAUCAUGUAUUAUUCUGGAGUUCAAAGGAAGAAAAAUAAUGUUGGACUGUGGGAUCCACCCUGGCCUAGAAGGAAUGGAUGCCCUUCCUUAUAUUGAUUUAAUUGACCCAGCUGAGAUUGAUCUGCUAUUAAUUAGUCAUUUCCAUUUGGAUCACUGUGGAGCUUUGCCUUGGUUUCUACAGAAGACAAGUUUCAAAGGAAGAACAUUUAUGACUCAUGCCACAAAAGCUAUUUAUAGAUGGCUUCUUUCAGAUUAUGUAAAAGUUAGUAAUAUAUCAGCGGACGACAUGCUGUAUACUGAAACAGAUUUGGAAGAGAGCAUGGACAAAAUUGAAACUAUCAACUUUCAUGAAGUUAAGGAAGUCGCAGGGAUCAAGUUUUGGUGUUACCACGCAGGCCAUGUUCUAGGAGCUGCCAUGUUCAUGAUCGAGAUUGCGGGCGUCAAGCUUUUGUACACAGGUGAUUUCUCAAGACAAGAAGAUAGACACUUAAUGGCAGCUGAAAUUCCUAAUAUUAAACCUGAUAUUCUUAUCAUUGAAUCUACUUACGGCACCCAUAUCCAUGAGAAGCGUGAAGAGCGAGAAGCGAGAUUCUGUAACACUGUUCAUGAUAUUGUGAAUAGAGGGGGCAGAGGCCUCAUUCCUGUCUUUGCCCUUGGAAGGGCUCAGGAGCUGCUCUUGAUUUUAGAUGAAUACUGGCAGAAUCAUCCAGAACUUCAUGACAUUCCAAUAUACUAUGCAUCUUCCUUGGCCAAGAAGUGUAUGGCGGUGUACCAGACUUACGUAAAUGCCAUGAACGAUAAAAUCCGCAAACAGAUCAACAUCAAUAAUCCCUUUGUUUUCAAACACAUUAGUAACCUCAAGAGCAUGGAUCACUUUGAUGACAUUGGUCCCAGUGUUGUAAUGGCUUCCCCAGGGAUGAUGCAAAGUGGGUUAUCCAGAGAGCUGUUUGAAAGCUGGUGUACUGAUAAAAGGAACGGAGUCAUUAUAGCAGGAUACUGUGUAGAGGGGACCCUUGCCAAGCAUAUCAUGUCUGAACCUGAAGAAAUCACUACCAUGUCUGGACAGAAGUUACCACUGAAAAUGUCUGUUGAUUACAUUUCUUUCUCUGCUCACACAGAUUACCAGCAAACCAGUGAAUUUAUUCGUGCUUUGAAACCUCCUCAUGUGAUUUUAGUACAUGGAGAACAGAACGAGAUGGCCAGAUUGAAAGCAGCCCUGAUUCGAGAAUACGAAGAUAAUGAUGAAGUUCACAUAGAGGUUCAUAAUCCUCGGAAUACAGAAGCAGUGACCUUAAACUUCAGAGGAGAAAAAUUAGCUAAGGUCAUGGGCUUUUUAGCAGACAAAAAACCAGAACAAGGCCAACGGGUCUCAGGAAUACUUGUUAAAAGAAACUUUAAUUAUCACAUUCUUUCUCCUUGUGACCUCUCCAAUUAUACUGACUUGGCCAUGAGCACUGUAAAACAGACUCAAGCUAUCCCAUAUACUGGUCCUUUUAAUUUGCUGUAUUACCAACUACAGAAAUUGACAGGUGAUGUAGAAGAAUUAGAAAUUCAAGAAAAACCUGCUCUGAAAGUAUUCAAAAAUAUUACUGUAAUACAGGAACCAGGAAUGGUGGUAUUAGAAUGGUUAGCAAAUCCUUCCAAUGAUAUGUAUGCAGAUACAGUAACAACCGUGAUAUUAGAAGUUCAGUCAAACCCGAAAAUAAGGAAAGGUGCUGUACAUAAGGUUUCUAAGAAAUUAGAAAUGCAUGUUUAUAGCAAGAGGUUGGAGAUCAUGCUCCAGGACAUAUUUGGGGAAGAUUGUGUAAGUGUAAAAGAUGGCUCUAUUCUUAGUGUCACAGUAGAUGGAAAAACUGCUAAUAUAAACUUGGAGACCCGGAGCGCAGAGUGCGAAGAAGGAAGCGAAGAUGAUGAAUCCCUCCGGGAAAUGGUGGAACUGGCUGCACAAAGACUCUAUGAGGCCCUUACGCCGGUUCAUUGA